AUGGCUGACUCAGAAGGCCCUCCUGUCGCCUGUUAUAGUCGUACUGCUAUCAGAACUCCCACCUCACGCGUCGAUAUUCAGUGGGUUUCCAAUCCAAACUAUUACUACGAUCCAGAUGCGAUAUCUCGACAUCUCGACGAUCCAGUGCCAUUAAGCCAGGAACAGUACCCCAUGAAUGAGCGUACUUUGGACUUAGUGACGACAGGAGAGACUCGAUAUCAAUAUCGAGUCAUGCGUUGUUUGGCUGAUAUCCUCCAUUGCACAGGAUAUCUGGCCAUCACCGUGAGUGUUCCACACGACGAUAUCGCCAGUGAAUGGUCCACCAUCAAGACCAACUUCUUUCAAGGUGCUCCUAUUGGUAAUAUGAUUCGAGUUAGAUCGGUUCUUCACAGUCAUAGUACAGAGACUAUCGAUUUUCCUCGUCGCUACUCCAUACAGAUACAGGUUCAUCGUGUCGGCUUCAGACUGGAAAGAGAGGAAGAGGAGCGGGUUAUCGCAGAAGGUGGUCUAGAGGCGUAUCUUGAUCUUCUUGACCAACGCGAGCUUGAACAGAACUCGUGAGGCACGUUUGAAUCUGGCGAAAAUUGAGUCAGACCACGCUCG